UGUGUGUUGUUGCUCGGUUACCAUAGCGAUAGUGUCUCCGCUCCGCCCAAUCGCGCACGUCUGCAUUCCAUUCUCUUGCUACGGACACACACAAUGGCCGGUAGAGAGAUUCUGGCUUUGGGGGGUGUCGUGGGUCGCCUACGAGCCAGCACUUUGUUCAAGACGGGGAUCAGGCCCCGCUGGCUAUCUACGCCAGCAACGGCCGAAGCUGUCCAGUUGUUCGACAAACUACUGGUGGCGAAUCGUGGGGAGAUCGCCUGCCGUGUGUUUUCCACGGCAAAGAGGCUAGGCAUCAGGACAGUGGCCGUGUACAGCGAGGCAGACCGUAAUGCCAGGCACGUGACUAUGGCCGAUGAGGCAUACUGCAUCGGACCGGCACCAUCCAGCGAGAGUUAUCUCCGUGGCGAUAAGAUAAUUGAAGUCGCUAAAGCAACCGGAGCUCAGGCCAUCCAUCCUGGCUACGGGUUUCUGUCGGAGAACCGGGACUUUGCAGAUCUCUGUCAAUCAGAAGGGGUGGAGUUCAUUGGUCCUCCUGCCUCCGCCAUUGAAAAGAUGGGCAUCAAGAGCGUGUCUAAGCAGAUAAUGAGCAACUCCUCAGUCCCGAUAGUUCCUGGUUACUUUGGAGACGACCAGAGAGAUUCCCUCCUGAAAACAGAGGCCGACAAGAUUGGGUAUCCAGUAUUGAUAAAGGCUAACUUGGGAGGUGGCGGAAAGGGUAUGCGUGUGGUGAACAGUCCAGAGGAAUUCCAAUCAUCCCUGGAUACCUGUCGUAGAGAGUCAAUGAAAAGCUUCGGGGACGACAGCGUACUGAUUGAAAAAUUCGUCAUCAGACCUAGGCAUGUGGAGGUGCAGGUAUUUGCUGAUAAACACGGGAAUACCGUCCACUUGUUUGAGCGUGACUGCAGCGUUCAGCGACGUCACCAGAAAAUCAUCGAGGAAGCCCCUGCUCCUGGUCUUCGAGACGAUGUGACGGAAAAACUGUUGACUGCAGCAGUGAGAGCUGCUCAGGCUGUGGGCUAUGUUGGGGCAGGUACAGUUGAGUUUGUGCUGGACAAGGAACAGAACUUCUACUUCAUGGAAAUGAACACUAGACUGCAGGUGGAGCAUCCAAUUACUGAGAUGAUAACAGGGGCCGACCUUGUAGAGUGGCAGAUCAAGGUUGCCGCCGGCGCCCGUCUCCCACGACUUCAGAGUGACAUCACUUCACGUGGCCACGCCUUUGAGGCUCGGAUAUACGCCGAGAACCCUGUCAGUCAAUCGGAGUUUCUACCUAGUCCUGGGGUAUUGCGCCAUCUCCAGGCUCCGCCCACCAGUGACAAGGUUCGCAUCGAUACCGGAGUCAGACAAGGGGACGAGGUGGCACCAUUCUACGACCCCAUGAUUGCCAAGCUGGUUGUGUGGGACAGUGACCGGAGCAGUGCUCUCAGACUUCUGCAGAACUCUCUGGCUCAGUACCAGGUUGCUGGAGUGGACACAAACAUAGAUUUUCUGAGGAGACUUGCCUCUCACCAGAGUUUCGCUGCCACCGACGUCCACACUGGAUUCAUACCUGUAAUAUGUACUGGCUAGACCAGUAUGUGGAAAUUUAGGAAAAAUUUUUUUUGAUUCAUGGAGAAAACUAUUUUUCACUGUACCCACUUAUUAUGGCCUCUUGAAUUGUUGAAUUCAGACAUUUAUCCCUCGAAAGUACCCCACUUUAUAGUAUGAUACUGUCUUCUACUCUCUAUCAUUUAUUGUUCUCUCUCGUCAUAUUCCCAGCAACAUCACGAAGCUCUGUUUCCCCCGCCAUCUCCCCUGUCUGAGGAGAGAUUGGGCGAGGCUGUCCUUGCACUACUGGCCCAUGAAUCCUGGCAGAACCAUAGACCUACUGAUGAAGAUGCGUUUUCGCCGUUUUCCGACUCGUCUGGGUUCCAACUGAACGUGCGUGGAAGACGAGUCGUCAAACUGAACCACCAGAGCACCAGCUACACCGUUGGUGUUUGCUACAACGGUGACGGAACAUACUCAGUUGUAAAAGACGUAAAGGUACAAUAAUUUUUACAGUGGAACCUCUGAAUAAGGCACACUUUAGGGACUUGAAUCUGUCCCUUAUUCAGAGGCAUCCCAUAUUUGGAACUAGUAUAGUUCACUAAUGUAUUAGUAAGUAUAAGAACCAAGUGUCUUUCAUUCAGAGGUGUUCCUUAUUCUGAAGUAUUAACUAGUCUUAGGGCAGAGAACCAAGUGUACUUUAUAGAGAGGUGUGCUUUAUUUGGAGGGUCCUUUUUCGGUAUUACCACUACAGGGUGCAUACACUACACCACUGCAGGAGGGAGAUGCGGACUGGGAGAGUGGGGAGGGUGUGAGGGUGGGAGGGAGACUCAGUGAGAGAGGUGGAUCUCUGUUACUGGAGGGGUUUGUCGGCGAUAGACUGGUUUUCAGCAAACAUUGCAGUUGUGAACGACUCACUCCAUAUUUUCACUCCGAGUGGUGGCUACAGUGUCGAGCUACAGCAGCCGGACUAUAUGACGUCAGUUACUGCAGGUGACUAUGGCAGUCACAUUGCACCCAAAUGUCCCUCUAUCGUCACCAAGGUAUUUGUCAAGCCGGGUGACACCGUGACAAAAGGCUCUACUGUCAUGACUGUGGAUGCAAUGAAAGUAGAGAUGGAUAUCAUCGCAAUACGGGACGGCCAGAUAAAGGAUGUUUACUACCAAGCAGGCGACGACGUACCAGAAUUUGCAACUGUCAUAGAAUAUGAAGCUGAUGACGUUAAUAAAGAUGAUGCAUAAAAAAACUUUUGUUAGCUGUUAAUUUAUGAUCAUGUUUGUCAGUCAAAACGUGCCAAUCUUGCUCUUCUCAUUUCUUCUCUCUGCCUUUCUUCAUCUCUUCCUUUACUUUCCUCCAAGCGCUCGGCCUUUCCUCUCUGCUUUUUCUUCUUUUGCUCAAGUUCUUUUUCUUCUCUCGUCCGCUUUUCCCGCAUCUGAUCGUCUCUCUUUCGCUAUAAUUAUACCAAUGCAUCAACGUCACGGGGUAUAAUAGUCUAUUUACCUUCUGAAUAAUUCCAGCAUAUUUGGCGUUCAACUGUAGUUCUCUCUCCUGCUCUCUGGCUCUCUUUUCCCUCGUCUCAUCAGCCGCAGAGCUCGAUCCACCUAAACAUCAGUCACUAGAGACUCUAUAACUACCAUGGAAACCCUCCCUAAUGAUGCUUUAGUACUGAGGUCACCCUCUACAUUUCCCCCUAGAACAGGUUCUUGCAUGCAAAAUACACCUCUAGGAUACUACACUAAUACUGACACUUUCAUCUGUUGGUAUAUAUAUAAUUAUACACUACUGAGUGCUUUGUAUUAUACCAAAGAUCUGUGCAAUAUAUACCUAGUGGUUGUGGCUGGAAACGGCGCAUAGCCUCAGCAGUCUGUGCCCGUUUUUCCAUCCUGUGCUGAUUGUAUGCAGUCGUUUCUGCCUCGGCCACACUUUUCAACUUUUGUGCUUGUGAAGGCUUGGGAGGUUGGACGUAGUAUGCUCCUUGGCUUUGUAAUUGUCUUUCUUGUCCGCUGGCUGGCGAAAUCGACGCCGGAUCUCCGAAUUCUUCCUCACUCACGCUACUUCUCGCUCCGUAUUGCUCGUACAUCUGCCGUCUCUGAGACUGUUGUCGCCAUCUUUCAUCGCCACCACUCGCAGAAUAUCCUUGCGGCGGGUCUACCAGCCUGUCUUCUCUUUCUGGCGGCCUCUGAACACUCGCACCCUGGGCUCCCCUCUCUCUCCGGGACCUAGCUCUGGCCGUAGAACUCGAGUUUACCCAGGUUUUGUUCAUCGCUGUUUUGCUGCUCUGGCGAGAU